AUGCUGAAGACUUUGAAAGAGAUUUUGGUUGAUACAAUAAGAUCAAAACAAUGCAAUGAUGAGGAAGUGAAUAAGUUGGUGGCCAUUGGUGUCCUGCAUUUUUGCUAUAAUAUUCAGUUUGUGAGGUUAUGGUUGGCUGGAGGGUCUGUAUGUAUCUUUUCGAAAGAUGAUAUUGAUUCUAUCUCCAAUCACUUUUCUAAAACAAGCCAUUUAGAUUUUCUUAAAUUCCUAAAAGCAAUUGUGCGAAGUCAGAUUAUAAUUGAAACCAAUUUAAAGGCACUUGGAUUUCUCAAACAGAAGACCCCAAAGAAAGAUGAUUUUAAGGAGGGGAAUCUUAUUUCAGAGAUCUUAGGCAAUGGCCAGGACCCUUCGCGACCAACAACUCCUGAAAAUAAAAUUUAUUCUAUUGUAGAUUGCUUCGAAAUACCCCAUAAAAAGAAAUAA